AUGACUUCACCUAAGAUUCAAAAAGACAUUAUUAAUUGUUGUGCAAAAGAAACAACUAAGUGCAUAAUUGAGGAGCUUGGUCAUGACUACUUUGGUAUAUUGGCGAAUGAGUCAAGUGAUGUGUCUCAGAAGGAACAAUUAGCUCUUCUUUUGCAAUAUGUUGAUAGAAAAUUUGAAAAGGUGGUGGAGAGAUUUUCGGGAAUUAUUCAUGUUGGUGAUACCACAGCUUUGUCACUUAAAGAAGAAUUUAUGACUUUGCUUAUGGAUCAUUCAUUGAGACCAUCCAUGAUUCGAGGGCAAGGAUAUGAUGGGGAUAGUAAUAUGAAGGGUGAAAUAAAUGGUCUUAAAACCUUGAUUAUGAAUGAUACUCCUAGAGCUUACUAUGUACUUUAUUUUGCUCAUCAACUUCAACUAACUCUAGUAGUUGUUGCUAAAAACAAUGAUAGUUGUGGUUGGCUCUUUGAGAUACUUGCAAACUUGUUGAAUGUAGUUGAAGUUUCUUGUAAAAGAAGAGAUAUGAUUAGAGAAAGUCAAGCUCAAAAAGUUGCUCAAGCCUUGGAUUUGGGGGAACUCAAGAGUGGGUCGAGGUUGAAUCAAGAACUUGGCUUGAAAAGGCUCGGGGAUACUCGUUGGGGUUCUCAUUACAAAAGUCUUUUAAACAUCAUCCAUAUGUUUCCUACAAUUGUUGAGGUGCUUGUGCACAUUGGCAAACAUGGUUCAUCGGAAGAUAAGUUCAAAGCCCAAAUUGUUUUGGGCUCAUUAGAAACAUUUGAUUUUGUAUUUAUGGCACACUUGAUGUUGGCUAUUUUUGGGUACACUAAUGAUUUGUAUGUUGCUUUGCAAAGGAAAGAGCAAGAUAUUGUAAAUGUCAUGGAACUUAUUUCUUACGCUAAAAUUGGGUUGCAAAAAGUGAGAGAGCAAGGUUGGGAGGCUCUUUUGAACAAGAUCACUUCAUUUUGCGUGAAACAUGGUAUUGUUGUUCUCACUAUGGGUGCUUCUUAUGUUCCUCAAGGAAGAUCAAUACGUUUUGUGGAACAAAUAACAAAUCUUCAACAUUUUCGUCUUGACAUAUUUUUGGGAGUUAUUGAUUUGCACCUUCAAGAACUUGACAACCGGUUUAAUGAGAGAAACAUGGAGCUACUUACAUGCAUGGCUUGUUUAAGUUCUAAAGAUAACUUCUCUUCUUUUGUCAAAGACAAGGUACUUAAACUUGCCACAUUUUAUCCCAAAGAAUUUUCAAGUCUAGAUGUGAUGUCUCUUGAAUUGCAACUUGAUAUAUUCAUUGACAAUAUGCAAAGUGAUAAUCAAUUUCGGGAUUUAAAUGAUCUCUUGAAUUUUCUAUGA